GCACAAAUUGCUUUAUAACGAAAGAACUCAAGGGCCUUUGGCGUCACUGGGUGUCGCUCCCUUCCUCCCUCAGUGAAACCAGUCGGAGAAGAAGCCAUGGAUUUCAGUCGCCUACAAGAGGCUUUAGCCUCCAAAUCGUACGCCAAGAUCGCUACUAUCUGUGAUGACCUAAUGCUUCAGGUCGCAGCUGAAGGUGUCGCGUUUCAGGAUGAAUGGCCGUACGCGAUUCACCUCCUUGGCCACAUUUAUGUGGAUGAUAUCAACAGCGCACGGUUCCUCUGGAAAUCAAUACCUUCAGCAAUAAAAGAGUCCCAGCAGGAAGUGGUUGCGGCGUGGAGAAUUGGUCAGAGAUUAUGGACACGGGAUUAUGCUGGCGUGUAUGAGGCUAUUCGUGGGUUUAGUUGGAGUCCAGACGCUCAGGGGCUUGUUGCCACAUUCGCAGAUCUUUACACCAAGAGGAUGUUUCAGCUAUUGCUGUCUGCUUAUUCAACAAUAAGCAUUCUAGACACUGCUCUCUUUCUGGGAAUGAAUGAAGAUGACGCUAUGAAUUAUGUAGUACAUCAAGGUUGGAUUUUGGAUCCCACUUCUGGAAUGCUAACUGUGAAGAAGCAGGCUGUUGUGAGUGAGCAGAAACUGGAUCCCACUAAACUUCAGCGCUUGACGGAGUAUGUCUUCCAACUUGAACAUUGAACAUACUCGAAAAAUUGGAGUUGUGAAAAAUCUUUUUGCAUAGAUGUUUUACUCGGAUACUAGUUGGGGUCGUUGACUCGUGAUUAUUAUUUUGGUUAAUUUUUUUUUUUUUUGAAUGGACCCCAUUAUUAUUUUUUCCUGUGAGGAUUUUGAAGUUGAAAAAGACUCUCAUUGGACGGAUAAUAUGGUUUUGGUAGAUGUACUUAUGCAAUAGUUGGUUCCAA